UUCGGCUGUUGUGUGUGUCCGCCAAUUUAAAUUUAAAGAGAAAGAGUUGCGCUAUUUUUUUUUUUUUUUUUUUUUUUGUUGCGUACAAUUCCCAGUUUGGGUUUUUCCCUACCUUGUGCCUGUAUUUCUUCGGUAGCCGAGCAAUAUCGCAGACAUCCACAUGUCUUCCCGUCAUUCAACGUUACGUAGAGACGUCUUCGUCGUCGCUUCCAUCUUGAGUUUAAUGGUGACUGGUAUCCUGGCGAGUGGCGGUUCACAUCAUUGGGCUUAUUCCGGCGAGGAUGAUCCAGCGCAUUGGUAUAAUUUCUACGAUUUGUGCAACGGGAAUAAACAAUCGCCAAUCGACAUCGUUCCAUCUUCGGCCAAGCCUCAAAAUUUCCUGCCCAUCCAUCUCGGCAAUUACGACACAAGUGGCAAAGCAUUGACGGUGAUCAAUAACGGACACACGGUACUGCUGAGUUUGCCGAAGAAUUACGCCGAUUAUCGAAUGCCGUUCGUCAGGGAUGGCGGUCUGACUAAUCAAUUCAUCUUCGCUCAGGUGCACUUCCAUUGGGGCGCCGAAGGCGUCCGUGGCAGCGAACACACCGUCGAUAACAAACAUUACGCUGCUGAAUUGCACUUUGUCCACUACAAUAAAAAGUACGGUAGUUUGGGCAACGCCACAUCGCAUCCAGAUGGCUUGGCUGUCCUCGGAGUCUUCGUCGAGGAGUCCGAAGAGGAUAAUCCGGCUUUCGAGCCCAUCACGUCAGUGCUGGAUCACGUGGUACAUGAAGGCAACGAAUGGCAAUUGAACGACACUCUCUCAUUGCGUGACCUUAUGCCGGCCUCGACUUCCAAGUUUUAUCGCUACAUGGGCUCUCUGACUACACCCGGCUGCCAAGAGAUCGUCGUGUGGACGGUUUUUGCCGAUCCCAUCACGGCCUCCGAAGACCAGUUGGCCGAGUUCCGACAGUUGAUCAGUGAAGACGGAGACCCUCUAGUCAACAACUAUCGACCGGCGCAGCCACUGAAUGGGCGUACCGUUCACGUCCGAUCCGCUUCCACCAAGAUGGCCGCCUCGUUGGCCGCCUUCCUUGUGCCCAUUGUUGCAUUUCUGGCGCUGUAGUCCCAACUGAAUGAAACGCCAUCCGGAUGCCAAAAGAGCCUGUCAUCGCGUACUAUUUUUAGUUGGUAUAUUUAAGAAAUCAAACUGCCAACUAACGGAGAAAUUGAGCAAGAGAGACAAUAAGGUAGUUCUUUUAGUUUUUUUUUGCAAUUGAAACACCUUAAAACAUCGGCUGAGGAGGAGUUUACAGUGGCCCGGAGUACAAUUCCCCCUCGAUUUCCAUCCAAAGUAAAAAUUCCCUGUGUCACAUAACUUGAUCAGGUCCUCCAUAUUUUUCAAAUAAUGUUUCAAAAGAACAGAGGAAAUGCGUUUUCCUUGCCUAAAAUGUCAUGGCCAUCGUGAAAUACUUUGGAGAAUCGACUCUAAAGCAUUUUGUACAUAAAUAAGCGAAAUCUUUUUUCUUUGAUCGUUUUCCUUAAGCCAAUAGUGAUAGUAGAUGGUGAUCUAACAAAUAGUUGGAUAAGGAAUUCCGUGACAAGUGAAUAAGAAUUUUCGUCAUCUCGUGUUAGUGAUUCAAAUUAGUAAAAUGAAACUAUAUGUAAAAAAUAAUUUUACAAAAAAAAAAUUGUUUUGAGAAGUAAGUGAAACCCUUACCGGUUAGGCUCAAGUAGAUGUGUAGACACAAUCUUUUUCACAAUCCUUCCAACGCGAUCAACUUUAAAACUAACCACUGUUACGUUAACGCGUUACGGCUCUUCCACCCGUUUCCCUUUUUUUUUCAGAGUCUGUUACAAAUUGAAUUGGUUCAUUAUUGUUUCCUUGACUUGUACCCGUCCUUUUCUCGUUUCUUUUUUUGUGCUUCUGCUGACAUCUAUGAGUUGACACGUGUCGGGACAACGCACAUUCACAGAGAAAAGGUUAAGAUCCGUGCUGAACACAAGUGGCCAAUGAUUCUUCCUAUGCAAUACGCAAUGUGUGCACGGGUAGAAAUCUUGUAUAGACUUUUUUAAGUAUUGAUAAUAUAUACAUAUGUACAUAGAAAACUAAAGAACUUACCACCCCAUCUUCCCGUGUCAACUAUUCUAAUCCAAUCGAAUUUUAAAAGUGAUUGAACGACGUGUUUUGAUUCCAUUGUCUUCUGAUGGAUUGUGAAAAUACAAACCGUCAAAAGAUA